CCUCAAAAGCUCGACAAUAGCAGCGUCCACCGGGAAGCUCGCUUCGCUCAGUUCAACAUGCCCCUCAGUGCCGAGGACGUGCUGGCAAUCCUCGGUGACACGACAGACGCGGAGUUCCCCAUCUACCGCACGGGCGAUUACGGCGGCUUGGUCUACACUCUGUGUACGGUACUGUACGACCUGGCGGGCCGCCGCAUGAUGGUGUACCGCGGCAACCCCCGGAAUGGGAUGUUGGGCUCCGUAUUGAAUCUGGACACUCUAGUGCCUGUGGAACACUACAGAAGUGGUGAGGGACUGCAAAAGGUCGAGAAGAUCGAGGAGGAGGAGGAGGCGGCAGGGGAGGAGGUGGCGGGGGAGGUUCAGGAGCAGGGGGCCAUGUGGAAAGAAGAAGGGAGUGGGGCCGUAAGGGGCAAGCAGACUCCGCAAAUAGCCCUUCCUCGGGAUGUCGCACACCAGCACCUGCCUUGA